CUUGUUGGAAAAGACUUAACAUAGAACUCUACAUUAGAAGUAUAGCUUUUACCUGCUCGGAUGUUUUAAGUAAAUGUAGUAUUUUGGUGUAAAUGCAGGUUUUCGAAUAUUAGAAAAACAUCUUUAGUUACAAAACGAUUUUCUAUUUUUGCAGGCACUGAGGCUGAAUGAGGUGGUGAAGAGGAGGAGGGAGGUGACAGGGCUCUGGAGAAAGAGAGGAGUGUGUCUAUGAACAGUGGGGCAAUGCAGAAUGAGUUCCCCCAGUUCCUGUUGAAUUGUGGGGAGGAGCAGCCACAAAGGCAGAGGACAGCACCUUCACAGAAUCAGGAGGGGCGACUGUAGAGCCAGAGGGAUGGCCAAUGGCAAUGAGAGCAGUGACGGACCAGGGGGCUUGCUCACAGCUGUGGUUGUGACAGGAGGGAUGGUGGUGAGUGGAGACUUACCAGUGAGUGGGGACUCAUCAGCAGGCAUGUCCACCUACAUCAAACUGGUCCUCCUGGGUCUGAUCAUCUGUAUCAGCCUGGUGGGCAACAUGGUGGUCUCUCUGCUAGUCCUAAGGGAUCGUACACUUCACAAAGCCCCCUACUACUUUCUUCUGGACCUCUGCCUUGCUGACACCAUCCGCUCAGCUGUCUGCUUCCCCUUUGUCCUGGUGUCCAUCAGGAAUGGCUCAACCUGGACUUACAGUGUGCUGAGCUGCAAGGUGGUGGCCUUCAUGGCCGUACUCUUCUGUUUCCACACUGCCUUCAUGCUCUUCUGUAUUAGUGUGACGCGUUACAUGGCCAUUGCCCACCACCGCUUCUAUUCCAAACGCAUGACCUUCUGGACCUGUGUAGUUGUGGUUUGCAUGUUGUGGACUCUGUCUGUUGCCAUGGCAUUUCCACCAGUCUUUGAUGUGGGUACCUAUAAGUUCAUCCGGGAGGAAGACCAGUGUAUCUUUGAGCACCGCUACUUCAAGGCGAAUGAUACACUGGGCUUCAUGCUGAUGCUUGUGGUACUAAUUCUGGCUACCCACGUAGUCUACAUGAAGCUCCUGUUCUUUGAGUACAAGCACCGCAAGAUGAAACCAGUUCAGAUGGUUCCAGCCAUCAGCCAGAAUUGGACCUUCCAUGGCCCUGGUGCCACAGGCCAGGCAGCAGCCAACUGGAUUGCAGGGUUUGGUCGGGGUCCCAUGCCCCCUACUCUGCUGGGAAUCCGGCAGACUUUACACAACCAGAACCACUGCCUGUUGGGGAUGGAUGAAUUCAAGGUGGAGAAGUGCUUAGGUAGGAUGUUCUAUGUGAUCACACUAUUUUUCCUGGUACUGUGGUCACCCUAUAUUGUAGCUUGUUACUGGCGAGUCUUUGUGAAGGCCUGCACCAUCCCUCAUCGCUACCUUUCCACCACUGUGUGGAUGACUUUUGCCCAGGCUGGGGUUAACCCCAUCAUCUGCUUCAUCCUGAACAAAGACCUGAAGAAGGGGCUGCUGGCCCAUCUGCCAUCCUGUUGCAGGACUAAACCUCAACGUCCACGAGAGCUUUACUGUGUCAUGUGAGGGGCUGAUGGGGUGUGGUGAGUCAGGGUGUGGGGUAUUUGUGAAGACAUGUGGCCUUUAAUCCAGUGUAUGUUUUGAAGAGUUGUGAUAAUCAGUGUCGGGCUAUACGGUAUUUAUUUUGACAUUUGUAUGUUAUUAGUUGUGGUUUGUCCCAGUUAAAGAAGGAAGAACCCUUGAUAUGUGCUGUUUGAAGGAACAUAGCUUGGAUAAGACAUAUUUAUCCAAGAGCAAUGAAUCAUCAUUUUACAUUGGGUAGUAACUACUGCAACUGGUUUUACACACACACACACACACACACACACACACACACACACACACACACACACACCACAGUUCCAUUUGAGGGCUUCCAGAAACCAUUCUUUCAAAUUUGUGGCCAUAUAAUUUGCUUUACCAUUGAAAACUAUAAUUAGCCACUAAUCAAUAUAUACAUUAAAUAAAACAUGUUUUGCAGAACAAUUCAGUUUAAGAGCCCGAUGCAUGUAUUCUCACUUUUGACAUAUUUGAAAUCAAUUAAAAGUUUAAACAUACACCACUUUAAUUCAGAGGGCCAUUCUUUACCCCUGAAAUAUAUUGUUCUUCAGAUAAAGAGAAGUAUGUGUCUGAGCAAACUGUGACUGAACAUAAAGACAUAUAAAGAACUGAACAUAAAAGAUUAAUACUUUUAUCAAUCAACCUCUGGAUGAGGUCUGCACUACUCUUGUAAAAUAUUCCUCCAGUGCUUCAAAAGUGUACUCUUCCUGAACAGCUUAGACACAAUCUAGAUGAAUUUGGUGGCUUUAAUCCAAAACCAGAAGUAAAGACUAAAAGACUAAAAGUGUAUUGCUGGUAUGUAUGAUGUAACAAGGAAGAUCUGGAUGUUUCCUUCAUCUUUCCGGGAAUAAAAGCUGUUUGGUUUCUCUGGCCCCAUCUAUUUCA